CCCACAGCCAGAUCCAUGGAGCCCAGAGAGCCGGAUGAGCAGGAAACCUCCCGGCAAACGCUGCCAGUAUUAGGACAUUACACCACCACAGAGAAAGACGCCCCUCUCUCCCUCCGCUCCUACCUGCUUCUUUCACUGGGAAUAACCUUUUGCAGGUUCGAGAGUCCCCUUCUGGAAUGUUCCCCUUGGACUUGCUGUUUCCUGUAUAACCUGUAUGGGAUCACACAGUUUGUUUUCUAUCACUUUCUGGGAAGCCCUCGCUUCCUCCACGCCUGGCACCCCUCACCCAUCUCAGCCAGGAUGCCAACGAGGCGCUGGGCCCCCGGCACCCAGUGCAUCACCAAGUGUGAGCACACGCGCCCCAAGCCCGGGGAGCUGGCCUUCUGCAAGGGCGACGUGGUCACCAUCCUUGAGGCCUGCGAAAACAAGAGCUGGUACCGUGCCAAGCACCACGCCAGCGGGCAGGAGGGGCUGCUGGCGGCUGGGGCGCUGCGUGAGCGCGAGGCCCUCUCUGCGGACCCCAAGCUUAGCCUCAUGCCGUGGUUCCACGGGAAGAUCUCGGGCCAGGAGGCAGUGCAGCAGCUGCAGCCGCCCGAGGACGGGCUGUUCCUGGUGCGGGAGUCGGCCCGGCACCCGGGUGACUACGUGCUGUGCGUGAGCUUCGGCCGCGACGUCAUCCACUACCGCGUGCUGCACCGCGACGGCCACCUGACUAUCGACGAGGAGGUCUGCUUCUGCAACCUCAUGGAUAUGGUGGAGUAUUACAGCAAGGACCAGGGGGCCAUCUGCACGAAGCUUGUGAGACCGAAGAGAAAGCAGGGCACCAAGUCGGCGGAGGAGGAGCUGGCCAAGGCCGGCUGGUUACUGAACCUGCAGCACUUGACGCUGGGAGCGCAGAUCGGAGAGGGAGAGUUUGGAGCUGUCCUGCAGGGUGAGUACCUGGGGCAGAAGGUGGCCGUGAAGAAUAUCAAAUGUGACGUGACAGCCCAGGCCUUCCUGGACGAGACGGCGGUCAUGACGAAGGUGCAGCAUAAGAAUCUGGUGCGUCUACUGGGUGUGAUCCUACAUCAGGGCCUCUACAUCGUCAUGGAGCACGUGAGCAAGGGUAACCUGGUGAAUUUUCUACGGACACGGGGCCGGGCCCUUGUGAACACCCCGCAGCUCCUGCAGUUUUCCCUGCACGUGGCCGAGGGCAUGGAAUACCUGGAGAGUAAGAAGCUGGUGCACCGCGACCUAGCUGCCCGGAACAUCCUCAUCUCGGAGGACCUGGUGGCCAAGGUCAGCGACUUCGGCCUGGCCAAAGCUGAGCGGAAGGGGCUGGACUCCAGCCGGCUACCAGUCAAGUGGACAGCACCCGAGGCUCUCAAGCACGGGAAGUUCUCCAGCAAGUCGGAUGUCUGGAGCUUUGGGGUGCUGCUAUGGGAGGUCUUCUCAUACGGCCGGGCUCCAUACCCCAAGAUGUCACUGAAGGAGGUGUCAGAGGCCGUGGAGAAGGGGUACCGCAUGGAGCCCCCCGAAGGCUGCCCUGGGUCCAUCCAUGCCCUCAUGGGCAGCUGCUGGGAGGCUGAACCCACUCGCCGGCCGCCCUUCCGCAAACUGGCUGAGAAGCUGGCCCGGGAGCUACGCAGCGCGGGUGCUUCAGCUCCCAAUGGGGGGCAGGACACGGACGGUCCUGCCCUGCCCCGCAGCCAGGAGCCCUAACCCUGCCCGCGGGGCUUCGGGCCCCAGAGGACUAAGAGAGUGGGGGGCUCAGGGUGGGGAUGCGGGCCAGGCCUGAAGAGGGGCAGGGCCAGUGAGCUGCCUGCCCGGCUCGCACUACAGGGGCAGGCCCAUGCCGGGGGCUCCAGGAAGUCCAUGGGCACCUCGACCCCAGGAGGCGAAGGAUUAGCGCCUGGAUAAAGACUGGUUCCAAGAA